AUGGAUGCAAUCCAUGAUCCGCAAUCUGCAUCUUCAUUGGAUGACUGCUGCCAUUUCCGUGACAUUGAGGCCCCCAGCCACUGGUUGGUGGGUGACCUCCCUGCUGCUCCCUCUGACUCUGUACUUGAGACCUCGUGUGCUCUAAAAGAAACUAUGGCGCUCGCAAACAAGGCCGCGAACGCUGCGCUGACAGCAGGAGCUGAUUCUCUUUCCUCUCUCUCGCAGCGCACGGCUGCGCCAGCGACAGCUCAGCAGCUCGCAUUCGCGUCGUCCACCACAUUCGGUGCCACGAAAUCCACCCGCGCCAAUGCCACGUCAGCAAACCGCGUGCAGCACCAGUCCAGGACGAACAAGCCUGGAAACAUCCGGUGCAAGGACUACCCGAAGCCGAACUUCGAUUCCGAGCCGCAGAGGGAGGCUCAGCAACUCUCAGCCUCGUUUAAGAACCUUCCGCGGCCCGAGAAGCCGUUGAAGGUCGCUAUCAUUGGCGCCGGAUUGGCCGGGCUGAGCGCGGCGAAGUAUCUGGUGGAUGCGGGCCACAUCCCCACUGUCUACGAGGCGCGCGAUGUACUUGGCGGGAAGGUCGCCGCGUGGCAGGAUGAGGAGGGCGACUGGUACGAGACUGGUCUCCACAUUUUCUUCGGAGCCUACCCGAACAUGAUGGAGCUGUUCAAGGAGUUGGACAUUGAAGACCGGAUGCAGUGGAAGAAGCACUCGAUGAUCUUCGCAAUGCGAUACGAGGUCGGGAUUUUCAGGACUUACUGCGCACUCCGUCAAAUUUGUCCCCACCCCCACCUCCCCAACCCGCGUCCCGUUAUUCAGCUGUUCAAGGAGCUGGACAUUGAGGACCGGCUGCAGUGGAAGGAGCACUCGAUGAUCUUCGCCAUGCCCGACAAGCCCGGAGAGUUCUCCCGCUUCGACUUCCCCGACAUCCCCGCGCCCGCCAACGGCGUCGUCGCCAUCCUCCGCAACAACGAUAUGCUGACGUGGCCGGAGAAGAUUCUGUUCGGGAUCGGGCUUCUGCCCGCCAUGAUCCAGGGGCAAUCGUACGUGGAGAAGCAGGACGGGCUGUCGAUCUCGGACUGGAUGCGCAAGCAGGGCGUGCCGGAGCGCGUGAACGAGGAGGUGUUCAUCGCCAUGGCCAAGGCGCUCAACUUCAUCGACCCCUGGGAAAUCUCCUCCACCGUCAUCCUCACCGCCAUGAACCGCUUCCUGCAGGAAAGGCACGGGUCGAAGAUGGCGUUCCUGGACGGCCCGCCCACCACGCGCCUGUGCGAGCCCAUUGUGGAGCACAUUACCAAGGGCGGCGGACAGGUGCUGCUGGAGAAGCGGCUGCAGAGCAUUGAGCUGAACGAGGACAAUUCAGUCAAGUGCCUCAAGUUCCAGGGCGGGGAGACCGUCACCGCCGACCUCUACGUCUCCGCCAUGCCCGUUGACCCGCUCAAGCUGCUCCUCCCGCCCGCCUGGAAAGCCGACCCGUUCUUCCAAAAGCUUGACGGGCUGGAGGGCGUGCCAGUCAUCAACGUCCACCUCUGGUUCGACCGGAAGCUCACGACCGUCGAUCACCUGCUCUUCUCGCGAUCCAAGCUGCUGUCGGUCUACGCGGAUAUGUCGGUGACCUGCAAGGGGUAUGCGGAUGAGAACGCGAGCAUGCUUGAGCUGGUGUUUGCGCCGGCGAAGGAGUGGAUUGGGAGGAGUGAUGAGGACAUAGUGCAGGCGACGAUGGUGGAGUUGGAGAGGCUGUUCCCCACGGAGAUCCGUGCGGAUGGGAGCAAGGCGAAGCUGAGGAAGAGCAUUGUGGUGAAGACGCCCCGGUCGGUGUACAAGGCGGUUACUGGCCGCCAGGCGUACCGCCCCGGGCAGACCACUCCGAUCUCGAACUUCUACCUCGCUGGCUGCUUCACCAUGCAGAGGUACCUGGCAUCAAUGGAGGGGGCGGUGCUGUCGGGCAAGCAGUGUGCGGAGCAGAUCGCCACGCGGGGGGCGGGGCGCAAGCCGGUUACAGGCAUUUCGGUGCAGGACUUCCUGCAGAGGCAACCAGAGAUGGCCACUGUGUCGCUUGCCGCUGCUCUUGGCGUUGCUGCCACUGCUGCUGCCCUGCUUGCUGCCUCAACAGCAGCCACUGCUUUGCCGCUGUGA